UACGAUGGAAGUACAGAUCAAGCGUACAAGCAGUGGUACUGCAUGAACACACGUGCUAGCCUGGCCAGUCAGCCAGCUACUAUACCAACACAUCUCACACAAGAGGAGCAGGCGCGGAGACAUGUUGAGCUGCAUGCAGCUUACUAUCGUGACCACCUGCUUGAAAAUGUCAACGAAGUAGGGCAGAUGGCUACGGAUAGCAUGCCGGCCCAGGGCCCAUAUCGCAAGACAUUCCAGAAACUUUUGCAACAAUUCGUGGCAAAGAAGUUCAGAUGCGGUAGAGGCGACGACGUUGCCACUGGAGCAUACAUGCCGGUAGCGAGGUCAGCCAGACCGAGUGCGGCACCGUCGUCCAGACCGAGCGAGGCGCGUACGAGCCAUGAGCAAUGGGGGGAGGGUCCGAGUACUAGAACGACAUUGCCACGACAUGACUCAUCUCUACCACUGCAUCGCUCUUCUUCGAUGCAGCUUCGUCAGGGGCAGACAUCUCAGGACCAUGGCACGGGCUUGGAUUCGAUGCCCGAGCAGUUUCUUUCCCCUAACCCAUAUGCGUACACAGGAUAUGAUGCAUACACCCAAGGACACACCUGAUGUUAAUUGGGGCGAUGAGAACACCCAACGCGGCGUCAACACAGGCCUCCGGGGAGCAUCACAUGAUCAUGGCGUCAACACAGGCCUUCGGGGAGCAUCACAUGAUCUUGGCGACACGGUUACAUCAUUAGUUACAGAGUUCUUCGGAGGGGAUGUUAUUGGCCCAUCUUUUAUCCCCCCGGAGUCACAACCAUACGCGUACAAUUACGCUUCAGGUUCGCAACAAGGAUUCGCGACUCCACCACCUACGCAGGACUCGCAGACACAUGAAGCCGAAUUGGAGUACGGCCGCGGUCUUCGUGUGACCCGGCCACCUAAUCGCUUGUCCCCUUCCGGUCGUAAGGAAA